AUGAUUCACAGUUUAUUUAUUAUAAAUCCAUCAGGGGAUGUAUUUCUUGAGAAGCAUUGGAGAAGUGUGGUGCCAAGAUCAGUAUGUGACUAUUAUUUGGAGGCACAAAGGGCAUCUCCAAAUGAUGUACCUCCAGUGUUGGCUGCACCACAUCACUAUUUGAUAUCAAUACAGAGAGGUGGGGUAGCCCUUGUAGCUGUGUGCAUGCAGGAGGUAGCUCCACUCUUUGUGAUCGAGUUCCUGCAUAGAGUUGUUGAUACAUUCCAAGAUUACUUUUCAGACUGUACCGAGACUAUAAUUAAAGAGAAUUAUGUAGUAGUUUACGAGUUGUUGGAUGAAAUGCUUGACAACGGUUUCCCUCUGGCCACGGAGAGUAAUAUCCUAAAGGAAUUGAUUAAACCACCAAAUAUUUUAAGGACUAUUGCUAAUACUGUUACUGGGAAAUCUAAUGUAUCUUCAACACUGCCCUCCGGCCAGUUAUCGAACGUGCCAUGGCGUCGCUCCGGUGUCAAGUACGCUAAUAACGAAGCGUACUUCGACGUUGUAGAAGAAGUGGACGCCAUUAUUGAUAAAAGUGGUGCUACUGUGUCUGCUGAAAUACAGGGUUAUAUUGACUGCUGCAUUAAGUUAAGUGGGAUGCCAGAUCUGACCCUCACAUUUGUAAAUCCUCGCCUGUUUGAUGAUGUUUCCUUCCAUCCUUGUGUCAGAUUUAAACGGUGGGAGUCUGAAAGAAUACUAUCAUUCAUCCCACCGGACGGUAACUUCCGUCUCAUGUCGUAUCACAUCGGGUCUCAGAGCGUGGUCGCGAUACCAAUGUACGUGCGACACAACCUGACGCUGCGGUCCAAUGGGGACCAGGGCCGGUUGGACCUCACCGUUGGACCUAAACAAACUAUGGGACGGACUUUAGAAAAUGUAUCAUUGGAGAUCUGUAUGCCUAAAUGUGUGUUGAACUGCUCUCUGACCGCGAACCAAGGCAAAUAUUCCUACGACCCUGUUAGCAAGGUGCUGCUGUGGGAUAUAGGACGCAUCGAAUUACCGAAGCUGCCAAAUAUUAGAGGGACUGUAUCAGUGGCAACAGGAGCAGACACCACAGGAGCGAAUCCGAGCAUCAACGUGCACUUCACGAUCCCUCAACUGGCAGUCAGUGGGCUGAGAGUCAGCCGCCUAGACAUGUAUGGCGCUAAAUACAAACCGUUCAAAGGCGUCAAGUAUGUCACCAAAGCCGGGAAGUUCCAUGUGCGCAUGUGA